AUGUCGGUCACUGAAGUCUCAGCAUCAGGGCAACACCUGGAUCUGGAUCUACAGGAUUCAAACGGCAAGGACCGUCUGCAAAUCGGCACAUAUGCAGGUGUUUCAGAGGAGGAGAAGCAACUAUCGUUUUUAGCUGACGUUGCUGUGGCGCCAUCCUGUGGGAAAUAUGGGUGCUGCAGCUGCCCAGACUUGAGCCAGGUUGAGCAAAGCAUCUGGCUGCAGCUCCAGUUCUUCUUGAGCAAAACAGAUUGCGUACUUGACUGCCUCAUCCAGGGGCAGAAGUGUGUAAGCAGGGACACCGUAGUUACUGCUGUGCAAAAUUUCCUGUACACCUGUCAGCCUUUCUUUAACCACCUGGAACACCUAACCAGAAGCAUCGUGUCCCAAAGCAACCCUCUGCCAGCUGAGAGUUGCACAAAGUUAAAUUAUGUAUUUGACAGAAAGCUUAUUGCACUUCAUAUAAGAAAUGGAUCCUAUGUUGUUGUGGUCAGUCGCUUCAGAACAGUUUGUGCAUCAGCUGUUGGAACAAACUGCCCGAGCGGGAGGUGUAUCGCUGCCGCGUGUGUCUACAACUUGAAAAUUUCGUGGUUUAACAUUUACUCUAAACUGUGUGUGUGUGUGUGUGUGUGUGUGUGUGUGUGUGUGUGUGUGCAGCUGUUGGACUUCUCUCAGCAGCUGUGUGACAAGUUGGAGCAGAUGCUGCUGAGGUGUUCCAGCUACAAUCUUCUCAGUUUGGAUGAGAAGGAGCCCCAAAGCGUGUCUCAGUUCUGCAUCGGCCAGAGUCAGCUCGGCCACCUGAGGCUGACCGUUUUCCGUUACUGUGUACCCACGCCGUACCUCUCCCAGGUCAACACGGGGCUGUACAAACGCAUGCGCUGGAACGUGGAGAAACUCCACAACGAUGAAGAGAAAGAGGCAGAAACUGAUUAUUUCAUGUGUCAUUCCUGGGUUUCAAGCUACUUCCUGUGCUAUGAGGAUUUCAGGCCACACAGAGAGGCUGAUGAUAGCUGCGGUCAUGAUGAUCUGAAGGGGAUCUGGUCCAUUGGUCACUGGGUGCAGGUGGACCCUGAUCCCAAUUCAGAUGAUAUAAAUAACUGGAUCUUGUGUGAGGUCCCUCUGGCUAACUACCACAGACUCUUGUUUCUGGGCGAGGAUGAGCCGUCUAGCUGCAAGGCUACAGACUCCAUGAUGAAGCUGCUUUUGACUCUGGAGACAGAUUAGCAACGAGCAUCGUUUUGGUGCGUUAUACAAGACCUAAGAAACUGUUCAAGGUUUAAAACAUGUUGAAAGCAUUGAUCACUUCUAAUGCAGCGUGUUGCCGAUUCAUCUGCAUCCAGCUGAUGCGAGACGUUUGAACAUCUAGUUUCAGUUUGGACGUCAGAGCAAGAAUUAAGUAUUUGUGUGUUUCCGUGUUGUUUGUGAUACGUGACCACUUCACUGGUUGGUCACAGCGACUGCAUUCAGGCAUGCUACUUUUACGUUCACCGCUUCAUUCAGACACUCCUGCAGCAGUAAUUGAGAGCCGUGUCCUGCCCCACCCAGACGGGCUGAGAGUGGACAUGCUUUAACGUUACUGCAAACAAUAAAGAGGCUGUUCUCUGCUCAUCUGAUUAACCCAUAUUGACAUCUAGAGUCUUGUACUACUGUGACUCGGCCUAAACAAAUCCUACUACAUUUACUGCAGUCAUAUUAGCAUCACAGCUGUUGAUGGCAAUUGACCAGGAGGCAUCUUUAGACCUGAAGCUGAGA